UUUUUUUUUUUUUUUUAAUAAUGACAACUAUUUUCAAAGUAACAUAUAAACCACCACCAUUGGAAGUUUUAAAUCAAUUGGUAAAUUUACCACCAAUACCACUUCCAAUUUCUCCACCAAAUUUAACGAUAACUAGACGAUUAAUAUUUAAAAGUAUACCUUCAACUUCUUUUUCUCCUACUUCAUCACCCACAACUUUUUCAAUUGUAAUAACAAGUGUAAAACCAACAUGGGAUCAACUUAGUACUAAAAUUCGGUCCCAAUUUAAUAUACCUGCAAAUUUUAAAUUUGGUUUAACUUAUUUGAAUUCAGAUAAUAACGAAAUUAUUAUUUCUUCUCAAAAAGAAUUAAAUAAUUAUUUUUUUCAACAUAAAGAUGAUGAAUUAUCAAAAAAAUUUGAUUGUUAUAAAUUUAGUUUGUUGAUUUUUUCUCCUCUUGAAGAAGAAAAUAAUAUGAAAAUUCAUGAAAAAAAUUUUGACUAUUUAGAACAAGAUGGUCAGCUGAAUGUUGAAGUAUAUGAUGUAUAUGAUGACGAUUAUGAUGAUGAUUAUGAUUAUGGUUAUGAUAACGAAGAUUACGUAAAUAGUUGUUCUCAACAAUAAAUAAUUUUGUAUUAAAUUUACCUGUAAUUCUUAUUUCUUUAAUAUAAUAGUUUUUAAUUUAUUAUUUAGUAAUUUAAUAUUUCGCUUUAAAAUUUGGGAGUUUUAAUUUUGAUGUUUUUAUUUCACUUUUUUUUUGAUUUUUAUAUUAUUAUUAUUAUAUAUCAAUGAGGCGUUAGAUUUAGAUUUUUUUUGUUUUAAUUCACAUAGUAAUAA